UAAAGCAAAUAUUGCCGUUGAAUGAACUGUGCCAUUCAUUUUCCUCAAAACCCCCAUGAACAAGCGUCCUUUCUUCUUCAUUCCCCACUUCCAAAUCCGCCAUAGCUUGCAAUGGAUUCUUAACAAUUUUCCUUCUCCUUGAUUUUUCUGUUUCUCUUCUGGGUCAUAGAAGCUUUCUCGGGAAAAUUUACAGGCUCUGAUUGUUCGUUUUGACUGAGAAAAUGGUGAACAGGGCUUCCUCUCCGUCGUCUUCUCCGGUGAAGAUAACUAUCUCAUCGGGAAGUAAAACAGGCAAUGGAAUCAUAUCGAUGGGCUUAACGAGUCCGAUUUCGCGUGCUUCGAUUUCAAAUAACCCAAAUUCCCCUCUUAGUUGCAGAGGAAACAGAGCCUCUAGCGGCGGAAACCGCCGGUCGAGUGGUGGAAAGUUCGUUUCCAUGUCAAAAGAUGAGGCGGUUGAAGAAAGUAACUCGGAGUUCGUUACUUACACUGUUCAUAUUCCUCCAACCCCAGAUCACCAGUCGAUUUCUGACUCUCAAGCAAGCCUCCCUGAGGAAAAUUCAAAUAUGGGGAAGCCGCAGAGUAGCUUCAUUUCUGGUACUCUUUUCACUGGGGGUUUCAAUUCGGUGACUCGUGGGCAUGUGAUUGAGUCACUGGCGAACCCGACUGAGCCAAUCAAAUUGGGGCUUGUUUGCGGGAUGAGAGGCUGUGAUGAAAAGGCUUUGAAAGGGAACACGACGGUUCCAUGUGAUUGUGGGUUCAACAUUUGCAGGGAUUGUCAUUUGGAAUGUGUUAGCCAUGGAGAUGGCCGUUGUCCUGGUUGUAAAGAGAGUUACAGAAGUGUUAGUGAUGAUGAAGCAGAGGAUCAAGCUUUGCCAUUGCCUUCAAUGGCGGAUGCCAAGUUUGACAAAAGGCUGUCUUUGGUGAAAUCAUUCAAAGCUCAGAAUCACCCGCCGGACUUCGAUCAUGCCCGGUGGCUUUUCGAGACCAAGGGGACAUAUGGCUAUGGAAAUGCAGUGUGGCCGAAGGACGGUUACGGGUUUGGCUCUGGAGCAAAUGGUUUCGAGCAACCACCCGACUUCGGGGUGAAAAAUCGGCGGCCCUUAACCCGGAAAGUCUCUGUUUCUGCUGCCAUUCUAAGCCCAUACAGAUUGCUUAUUAUAAUCCGUCUAGUAGCACUUGGAUUCUUUCUAACAUGGAGAGUUAGACAUCCAAAUCAUGAAGCAAUGUGGCUAUGGGGAAUGUCCAUUACUUGUGAACUCUGGUUUGCAUUAUCUUGGCUAUUAGAUCAACUUCCAAAGCUCUGUCCUGUAAACAGAGUAACCGACCUCUCUGUUCUCAAGGAUCGAUUCGAGUCGCCAAAUCUCCGAAACCCGAAGGGUCGAUCUGAUCUUCCGGGAAUCGACGUGUUUGUAUCAACCGCAGAUCCUGAGAAAGAACCACCACUUGUAACAGCCAACACAAUUCUCUCAAUCCUUGCUGUGGAUUACCCUGUGGAGAAACUGGCUUGUUACUUAUCAGAUGAUGGUGGUUCUCUCCUGACAUUCGAAGCAUUAGCUGAGACAGCCAGCUUUGCAAGAGUGUGGGUUCCGUUCUGUCGAAAGCACGGAAUCGAGCCGAGGAAUCCCGAGGCUUACUUCGGACAGAAGCGUGACUUUCUUAAGAACAAAGUGAGGCUUGAUUUUGUUAGAGAGAGGAGAAUGGUGAAGAGAGAGUAUGAUGAAUUCAAGGUGAGGAUAAACUCAUUGCCAGAGUCUAUAAGGAGAAGAUCAGAUGCUUAUAAUGCCCAUGAAGAACUUAGAGCCAAAAUGAAGCAAAUGGAAAUGGGUAGCAAUCCUUCAGAACAAAUCAAGAUCUCUAAGGCAACUUGGAUGUCCGAUGGCUCUUACUGGCCUGGAACUUGGGUAUCUCCUGAUACUGAUCACUCAAGAGGAGAUCAUGCUGGUAUAAUUCAGGCUAUGCUAGCUCCUUCCAAUGCAGAACCAGUUUAUGGUUCAAAAGCAGAUGGGGAGAAUUUGAUUGACACAACAGAGGUGGAUAUCAGAUUGCCAAUGCUAGUUUAUGUGUCUCGUGAGAAGCGGCCGAGGUACGAUCACAACAAGAAAGCGGGAGCGAUGAAUGCUCUUGUUCGAACCAGCGCAAUCAUGUCGAAUGGGCCUUUCAUUCUCAAUCUCGACUGUGAUCACUACAUAUACAACUCCUUGGCUCUACGAGAAGGGAUGUGUUUUAUGCUGGACAGGGGCGGUGAUCGGAUUUGUUAUGUUCAGUUCCCGCAAAGAUUCGAGGGGAUCGACCCGAAUGAUCGGUAUGCGAAUCAUAAUACUGUGUUUUUUGAUGUUAGUAUGAGAGCUCUUGAUGGGUUGCAGGGGCCUAUGUAUGUGGGGACUGGCUGCAUAUUCAGGAGGACGGCUUUGUAUGGGUUUAGUCCUCCUAGAGCUACAGAGCACCAUGGCUGGUUUGGUACUCGAAAAAGUAAGCUGUUACUAAGAAAGUCGAGGGUAUCAAAGAAGGAAGACGAUGAGAUGGCCGCUCCGAUCAAUGGAGGCAGUCUAGAUUGUGACGACGAUGAUGCAGACAUUGAGUCCUUGCUUAUGCCGAAGCGAUUCGGAAACUCUACUUCUCUGGCUGCAUCAAUUCCGGUUGCAGAGUUUCAAGGAAGGUUGCUUCAAGAACUACAAAGCAAGGGCAAUCAGGGUCGACCGGCUGGUUCUCUUGCCGUGCCCCGGGAACCUUUAGACGCUGCCACCGUUGCUGAGGCCAUCAGUGUUAUUUCCUGCUUCUAUGAAGACAAGACAGAGUGGGGCAAAAGAGUAGGAUGGAUCUAUGGCUCUGUAACAGAGGAUGUGGUAACUGGUUAUAGAAUGCACAACAGAGGUUGGAGAUCAGUGUAUUGUGUUACCAAGCGCGAUGCUUUUCGAGGCACAGCUCCGAUCAACUUGACUGACAGGCUUCACCAAGUGCUCCGAUGGGCCACGGGAUCGGUCGAGAUCUUUUUCUCGAGGAACAACGCCUUGUUUGCGACACGUAGAAUGAAGUUCUUGCAAAGAGUAGCAUACUUCAAUGUUGGGAUGUACCCUUUCACUUCCUUCUUCCUCCUUGUCUACUGCUUCUUGCCUGCAGUUUCUCUGUUUUCAGGGCAGUUCAUAGUCCAAUCCCUCAGUGUGACAUUCCUAAUCUUCCUACUAGCCAUCACAAUCACAUUGUGCUUACUCGCCAUCCUCGAGAUCAAGUGGUCGGGCAUUACAAUCCACGAUUGGUGGCGAAACGAGCAAUUCUGGCUAAUUGGCGGGACAAGCGCCCACCCAGCCGCCGUGCUACAAGGCCUGCUGAAAGUCAUAGCAGGAGUAGAUAUCUCAUUCACAUUGACAUCCAAAUCAGCCACACCGGAGGACGGAGAUGACGAAUUCGCAGACCUAUACGUCGUGAAGUGGAGCUUUCUGAUGAUCCCUCCGAUCACAAUCAUGCUGGUGAACAUGAUAGCCAUUGCAGUGGGAGUUGCAAAGACAUUGUACAGUCCAUUUCCAGAAUGGAGCAAGCUCGUGGGGGGAGUGUUCUUCAGCUUCUGGGUUCUGUGUCAUCUCUACCCAUUUGCCAAAGGGCUGAUGGGGCGCCGCGGCCGAGUCCCGACGAUAGUCUAUGUAUGGUCGGGGCUUCUAUCGAUCAUAAUUUCGCUGCUAUGGGUCUACAUUAGUCCUCCAUCUGGGGUACAAGAUCGUAUGAAGUUUCAGUUCCCUUGAAUAUUGAAAUUAGGAAAUGGGAAUCUCCUCAAUUUCCUGUUGUUAUUGUGGGAAGUAGUAGUAGUAAGUAUAGAUAGAUUGUGUGGCUUAUUGUGUUUAGGGUUGUUUGUGGGGGUUAAUGCCAUGGAUGUUGGUAAGAAUUCUUUUGUAAUUUUUUUUACUUGCUAUAUAAUUCAAACUAUUCCCGGUUAA